AUGACGACUGCUAAGGCGUCUGAAGCGCCCGCGCCUAAGCAUAGCCACACUCCAGUUCGUAAGAAAGACGCCAUCAAGAAGAAAUAUCUGAAAGAAAGAAAAAUAUCUUCGGAAGACUCGGAGGAGGAGAUUGUAUCACCUGCGGAAGGUGUAGAUGCGGUUUCUGAGGACGGCGGGAUGCAUAAACUCGCUGAAGUAGAUGGUGAGAAACUGCCACCCAAAAGUAAGAGGCCAAGGAAACAUCGUGCAGAAACUGCAGAGAAAGCAGGGAGAUAUGCAGAGGAUACUACUCAUGAGAGCUCACUUGCAGCAGCAUCCAGCAACGCAACAGAAACAGCAACAGGAGAUGAAGACUUCGCAGCCAGUGCAGAGGCAGAGACAGAAGCAACAGGCUCAGAGGCACCAGCAGAAAAUGGGAUGGACUCCGAAGUUAAGGUGUAUAGACAGGCCGAAAUAAUUGACUCGUCCCAGACAUUUAAGGACUUCGCAGCAACGCAUUUAGACAGGAGGCUGUCCAAGGCCCUUAUUGAUGACCUCAAGCUGCAGCAUCCAACACACGUCCAGUCUAAGGUGAUACCUUUGGCUCUCAGCGGCAGAGAUUUGUUAGUUGAGGGGAGGACUGGCAGCGGGAAGACGCUGGCCUACCUGUUACCGUUGCUGCAGCGGCUGUUGCAGCUGCAGCAGCAGCAGGUGCAGAGAGGGGAGAAUGCCGAGCUUCCACCUCUGUGUGCACUGGUCUUGGUGCCAACAAAGGAGCUCUGUAUUCAGGUUUAUGACGUCCUAACCGAUCUGCUCAAGUAUACCAAAGAUGUCGUAACCGUAUGCCAUACGGCCAGCCCGACAGGGGUUUCGGGAAAGCUCUUAGGACCUCCUACGGUGCUGGUGGGGACCCCGACGGGUGUCUUGCACUACCUAAGCAGUUUGCGGCAGCAGCACCAGCGGUUUGAUAUUCAGUUGUUCUUGGAGAUGUUGGUUGUCGAUGAGGCCGACCUGCUGUUUGCCUUUGGCUUCGAAAAGGAUACGAAGAAGCUUCUUCAGCUCUUGCCAUCAACAGCAGCAGGCCACUACCAAACCAUCCUAGUCUCUGCUACCCAAAAUCAAGAGCUUUCGCAGCUACAGAAUUUGAUGUUGCACAAGCCGUUAAUUAUUCGAAUUGAGGAAGAAGAAGGAACAGGCGCCGGAGGAGGAAGCCCCAUUGGCGAGUUCUAUUUCCAAGUCCCAACAGAUGCAGAGAAGUGGCUUGUGGCUUAUGCAUUUCUUCGUCUCGGUCUCGUCCCUCUGAAGUGUUUAGUCUUCUGCAAAGAUGUCUCAAACGUGUACGCGUUACGCCUCUUCCUUGACCGAUUUGGAAUAGCGAGCGGUGUCUUAAGUCCGACAUUGCCAAUAGCGGCUCGAGAGCAGCAGAUUCAGGCGUUCAACCAGGGCCUCAUUGACAUUCUUAUUACGAAUGACGGGCAGUGCAUGGAAGAAGGCAACCCUCAAGAAUUUGAGGAUUCGGAAGCUGCUGAGGCAUCAGCGAGUAAUGGACAAACACGAAAACGACGGCGAGACGACGCAACCAAGACCAAGGAAACGGAGUUCGCUGGGCAUAGAGGUCUCGACCUGCAGGGCGUCGCGUGUGUGUUUAACUUCGAUGCUCCGAACUGCUUGAAGUCAUAUAUUCACCGAAUUGGCCGGACAGGUCGCGGAGGUUCUACGGGAGUUGCAGUCACUCUCAUUGACGCGUCUCAGGAACAGGAGCAGUUGCUUCUCCAGCAAAUGUUUACAAUGCGAAAAGCUCCAGGAGGGCUAGCCGAUAGCACACUUACACCGCUGUCGCUGAAGCUGCAAGAUGUCGAAUGCUUCCGCUACAGAGUUGAAGAUGUGAGGCGAGGCAUCACAAAACGUAUCAUUGCCGCGGCUGUUGCACGAGAUUUGCAGCAGCAGUUGUUGAACUCAAGGAAGCUCAAGGAAUUUUUUGAGAGAAAUCCUCGAGAUAGAGAGGUGUUGAAGAGGGCGUGCAAACAACUCAAGGAGAUGAAUGUUUCAAAGGGCACGUUGGGGCAUCUGCCUGAUUACCUUCUGUCGCAGACACGCCCAACGCAAAUGACAGCUGUCCAACUCGCGAUCCAACAGCAAACAGCUGCAACACCAGUUGCAAAAGGGUAUCACGGGAGUUCUCGUCGCCGCCCUAUCACAGAUCCCCUCAAGUCUUUUAAAGCAGCAGUGGCACGUGGCACUUCAAAUGGUAAGCGGAAGGCAUGGCGGGAGAAGAUAACGCGACAGUCACAACUGGCGAAAAUGCCAAAGCAUCCAGAUGAGGUGCCUCCAGAAUGCUUGCCCGCUACAUCUGGAAGGAAGCUGUGGAAGCUGAGGCACAACAAACGGGUCGGCGUGAAGGAACCUAAGGGCAACUUCCUCAGAAAGAGAAGCACCAAAGGCCUCAAAAAAAAAUGA